AAAUGGUCCCUUGUAUAUGUUAAUUAACAGAAUUCGUGUCGCAGUCCAAAUAGCAGCUACCUUGUGAUGGACAAUAACAGAAUAAAUAUCGCGUCCAUCAUAUAGCCCCUCGUUGAAUGUCGGACGGUCUCUUUGACCCAAGUAACUUCCUCCUAUCUUGAAAACAAGCCUUUUUUUAGGUAGCUCAGGCUUAUUUCUUUCGCCAUGGCGACUAAUGGCGUGGAUUUUUCUAGACUGGCCAACGUCCCACAAUGGAAGCACCCGUUUUAUGUCGUUUCUUUUACCGCCAAGGAUAUAUCUCCUUCCCUCCGAAGACUCCUCAAAGCGCGGAUUCAGAGUUAUCUCCUGCUGGGAGGAAAAGACCCAUUGACGACUAUCAACGGCAAGGAAAAAGACAGUGUUCGACCUGGAGAAAGUACGGCAGAGACUUCCAAGCAUGAAGACGACAACGUGGCUCCUUCAUCUAAGGUCAAUGAGGAAAACGCCUACAACACACUUUCAGAAAAUAUUGAGUUAGAGACUCAGAUGGCCACACUGGCUAAAAUAGAAAAGAGGAUUAAAGAAAUAGAAGUACAAAUCGAACUUUUGGAUGGUGAAAAGCAUUCACUGUUUUCAGAACUUAAAAAAACCCAAGAUAUAGACAGAACCAAAGAAACUAAUCUGGCUGAGACAAAACGCUCUCUCAAUACACGAACAAUACAUAAUUCACCGCCCAACUCCAACGCAGAAACAACAGUUGAUUCAACUGUAGACGAAUCUAGAAACUUAACGAAAAAUCAUCAAAAUUCUGUCCAGACGUCUCGUGGGUCAUCCUCACUCCCUGGCGCUAAUUAUCAGCCUUCUCCCUAUUCAAAAACCGAAUUGAAAACCUUUAUCGACCGUUCGAAUCAUUCAAUAGAAAAUUUUCGUACAUCUUCUCCCUUCCCCCGAAAAAGGAGUUACAGUUCCUUCCAUAGUGACUCAUCAGAUUUCCGAAGCGGUUACAGUCAUGGUCCUCCGAGUGGGGGGAAGGCAAAAAACAGCAUCUCUCCUAAUCAUUCUCGCAGUCGUCAACACACUCAACGCUUUGCCAACGACCGUAUCCCAUCAUCUGACAGCAGAGACUCGAACGACCAUAAACUUAGUGGAAUAAAAAAAGAAAUACAUUAA